AUGCUGAAAAAUCUAGCAAACAAACAACAGCAAAAGAAUUCGGUUUUAGUACUUGGAAGUGGAGGUCGAGAAAGUGCUUUAUGUGAUAAAUUGUCAAUGAGUGAAAAUAUUGGAAAAAUUUUCAUGUAUCCUGGAAAUGGUGGAAGUGGAUUUGAAAUCCCAGAGGAUUUAAACGAUCCGACGAAAAUAUUAUCGUUUUGUAAUGAGAACAGAAUUUCACUGAUUGUCGUUGGACCAGAGGAUCUUUUAUAUGCAGGAAUAGUAGAUGAUUUGUCAAAAUAUGUUCCAUGUUUCGGUCCCGUCCGAAAAGCAGCUAGGCUUGAAUGGAGCAAAGCAUAUGCGAGGACAUUUAUGAAAGAAGCAGAUAUCCCGUCGCCGGAUUUUCGAAUAUUCAUCAACGAUGAAGGAUUAGAAGAGUUCAUCAGAGGCCUCCCUUGGCAAGGAAUAGCAAUCAAAAAAAGCGGUCUGGCAAGGGGAAAAGGAGUCAUCGUCACCACGGAUCCGGAAGAAGCUCUGAAAACCGCGCGACGCUUUUUAAAGGAAGAACAAGGCAAAGAAGAAAGCGCCAUCGUUCUGGAGGAAAUGCUCAGUGGAGCAGAAAUUUCGGCUCACUUUUUCGUUGAUGGCGAUAAUUUCGCGGCAAUGCCAUUAAUGCGCGAUUACAAAAGACUUUUGGACGGUGACGCUGGUGAAAACACCGGUGGUAUGGGAGCAGUUGGCCCCCUUGAUCAAAAAUACGACGAAUAUCUCAGUGAAAUUCAGUCGAUUAUGGCAAAAACUUUGGCUAGAUUACGCCACAAUAACAUUAUUUACAAAGGAGUUCUGUAUUUGGGUCUCAUCAUAACAGCACAAGGCAUUAAAAUGUUAGAAUAUAAUUGCCGAUUUGGUGAUCCUGAGACUCAAGCUUUAGUCGGAUUGAUGAAAUUCGACCUUUAUGAUGUGAUGAUGCAUUGUUAUACUGGUCAGUUACACCAAGGCCUAAGCUGGUCCAACGAUUUUGUUUGCGCAGUAGUAUUGACAGCGAAGGGAUAUCCACAUCGGAAUGAGAAGUGUAUCUGUUUUGCUCACAAUGAACUGCGGACACGGUUAGUACUUAAUUUUUUUGCAGAUAUACCAACGAAAAGUGAUGAUGUUACGGUUUAUCAUGCUGGGACAAUAAGAAAAGGAGACAAAAUUUAUACGAAUGGUGGUCGUAUAUUAUGUGUAACAGGUAUAGGUCAGCGUUCAAGCCGAGUUUUGAAAAAAGUUUACGACGUAACUGAAAGAAUAAAGUUCGAAGGAAAAUUCUACAGAAAAGAUAUUGGUUUAUUGCAGAGUGCUAUUUCAUAUGAGAAAAGUGGUGUUAGCAUCAGGGAAGGCAGUAGGCUCAUCGAAAUGAUCAAAUGCUUCAAUCUUCACGAUGUGAACUUGGCAUCACGAGAAAAAAUAGCAAAUGCCAUGAACGAUUAUACUUCUAUUGGACAAGAUCUUGUUGCGAUGUGUGCAAAUGAUGUCUUAUGUCGCUGUGCUGAACCUGUCGCUUUUCUCGAUUACUAUGCCACGGGCGGUGAAACAGCAGAAAUGCCUGGUGUUUAUGACGAUGAACACUGGGACAUUGCUGGGAUAUGCAUAGGAGUCAGAUCAAAGGAGUGGCCGCUGCUUCCCAACAUAAAAAGCAUGAAAGAAGGAGAUAAAAUCAUCGGCAUUCGUUCCAGUGGUUUACAUAGCAAUGGAUUUUCUUUAAUUCGAAAAAUUUUUGCGGAUAACGAUAUUAGCUAUAAUGAUUUGUGUCACUGGUCAGAAUCAGAUCGUACAUAUGGUGAAGAACUGCUGAAACCGACUCGAUUAUACGUCAAUGAACUGCUACCCUUGAUGAAACAAAAUUUGAUACUAGGUUCAGCUCAUAUAACAGGUGGAGGAUUAAGCGAUAAUAUUAGUAGAAUACUUCCUGAUCAUCUCAAAGCCAAUAUUCGUUGCGAUUCUUGGCGAAUUCCAACCUUAUUCAAUGAAAUACAAAAAAUGGGUUGUGUCACACCCGAGGAGAUGUUUAAAGUAUUCAACUGUGGAAUUGGCAUGGUAAUUAUUGUGGCUCCGCGCGUGACAUCUAUAAUUCUCAGUGCAUUUCCACAUGCAAAUGAUGCGACUAUUAUAGGCGAAUUGACCACCAGAAUUUCCGGAGAUCCAGCGGUUCGACUGAUUGGCAAAGAUGAUUUAUUUCGAGAAAUCACUGGUCUAAACCAGGGUCCAAGAUGCCGUAUUGCAGUAUUAUUUUCAGGCGAAGGUACAAAUAUGGAAAACCUUAUUCACAGUUCAAGGCGAGCAGGAAGCUGUUGUCAGGUUGUUGUAGUAAUAUCCGACCGGAUAAAUGCUGCUGGGAACAAAAGAGCUCAAGAGCUAGGAGUUAUAUUCAAGAUUAUUCCCUACGAAAAUGCAAUGAACAAAGAAGCUCAUGAAGCACAAUUUACGAAGGUUUUACAAGAUUACAAUGUGGAUUUGAUUUUUUUGGCUGGAUAUAUUCGUAUAUUGACGCCAAAAUUUGUCAAUAUGUGGAAGGAUCGCAUUAUUAACUUGCAUCCAUCUUUGCUCCCUUCAUUUCCAGGAUUACAUGCAGUUAGGGAUGCGCUUAAUAAGGGUGUUAAAAUAACCGGAUGCACUAUCCAUUAUGUCGACGAGGCAAUUGAUUCAGGACGAAUAAUUGCACAGAGAUCGGUUGAAAUACUUGAAAACGACGAUGAGGAGAAUCUUCACAAUCGAAUCAAAAAAGUCGAACAUGUUUUAUAUCCAGAAAUAAUGCAUAGACUUGCCAGGAACUUUUGUAAAUCUAAAUCUCCUGCAGCUUUCCGCUAG